AUGUCGUGGAAUUCCGAAAAUUUUUUUUCUCCCUCUACAUAUAAUCAACAAUAUACUGGGUCGAUAUCUUAUGAUUUUCAACAACAAAAUUAUUCUCCUGUUCAGUCAUAUGCUCAAUAUUCAAACGAUAAUUUUAUACCAUCACCUUAUAAUUUUAAUUCUCAAGUAAAUAAUAAUCAAUUUUAUCGUCCAAAUGAUUAUAUACCACCAAAAACUGCUUCAAAUCAACAUGACGAUGAAUAUGAUGAACCACCAUUAUUAGAAGAAUUAGGUAUUAAUUUCGAUCAUAUAUUAAAAAAAACAAAAUCUGUUUUGAAUCCAUUUACAACACCAGAUUUAUCAAUACUUGAUGAUGUUGAUCUUGCUGGUCCACUUGUAUUUUGUUUUGCAUUUGCAUUUAGUCUUUUAUUAUUAGGAAAAAUAAAUUUUGGUUAUGUUUAUGGUAUUGUUACAUUAGGUACUGUUGGUAUGUAUGGUCUAUUAAAUUUAAUGGCAUCAUCAGAUAAACCAUGUUCUGGUUUAUUUGUAACAAGUGUACUUGGUUAUUGUCUUUUACCUAUGGUUUUUCUAUCGUUUUCAUCAUUUUUAUUUAAAUUUAAUGGUUUUUUUAAUAUGAUAAUUGCAAUAAUAUUUAUUUUCUGGUGUUCAAUAUCAGCAUCAAAACUUUUUACAACAUCAUUAGCUAUGAUAGGUCAACAAUUACUUGUUGCAUAUCCAUGUGCUUUAUUUUAUGGUGUUUUUGCUUUAUUAACCAUGUUUUAA